AUGGCCAAUAAACGAUCAGCGCAAGAAGUUAUUGCACAAGAAUUUGAUAAGCUUGACAGUGAUGGUGAUGGAAUGAUAUCGCUGAACGAGAUUCAUCAUUUGUUAAACGAUAACUUUAAUAGAAAUCAAAUUGAGUUAACUGGCCAACAAAUUCGUCUACUUCUAAAAGAAGCUGAUAGAAAUCGCGAUAAUGUUCUUGAUUUCAGUGAAUUCUCACAGUUGGUAACAUCAGCAGAUGCACAGAAGAAAAAACUAAAAGUAUUAAUGUAUUCGGUAGCUGAUACAAUUAUUGCCAAGACUGAUCGACCGAUUGUGCAUACUUAUAUUGAUGAAUACAAUUGCAUGCCUCCACCAAUAUUUGUAUUAUGUAUCUCGAUUUUACAGGUAUCUACCUUUGUAUAUUAUAUGUAUGGACGACAAGAGAAUCCUUUUACUUAUUGCGCUGGUUGUUGGGUUGAUGGAACAAUUGGACCAUUUUUAUUUGCACCAUCUCUUCGUUAUCAGGCUUGGCGAUUCUUUAGCUACCAAUUUAUGCAUCAAGGGAUUCUUCAUCUAUUACCUAAUGUUAUUUUCCAAUUAGUAAUUGGUGUACCACUGGAACUGGUCCAUAAAAUGUGGCGGAUAGCAAUUAUCUAUUUGUUGGCUGUUUGCUUAGGGGCACUAUUGCAAUAUGCACUUGACCCAUCCGUAUAUUUGGUUGGUUGUUCUGCUGGUGUUUAUGCUUUACUGGGUGCUCAUCUUUCAAAUGUUAUAGUCAAUUGGGCCGAAAUGCCAUUUCGGUUGGUUAGACUAUUUAUCAUUUCUGCAUACGUUUUUACUGAUACAGCAUCGACUGUUUAUCGUCGUUUUCAAGUGAAUGAAUGCGAUCGCGUAUCGUACACUGCUCAUAUUGCUGGCGUUGUUACUGGUGUACUUAUGGGUGUCGUCAUUUUACAUAAUCUUAAGGUCUUAUACUGGGAGCGAAUACUUAUGACCGUGUCACUUAUAUUAUUUGGUACUAUCUUUUUGUUACUAACAGCAAUGGUUAUUUUUGUGAGUCCGUUUUCGAAACCAAUUUGGGAUACAAUACACUGCAAAAAUGAACCAAAUUUACUCGACAGUGAUGACUUUUAUACAGAUUUUAAGGAUUACUGA